AUGAACGACUAUGGCCUUUUGUGCAUCAUCUACCUCACCUUCGGGGCCUUCUUCUACGGCUAUGACUCCGGCCUGACGACGUCCGUCAUCGGGUACCCUCGUUUCAUCACCUAUUUUGGCUUCGACGCCACCCUCCUCGGCGUUCUCGGGUCCAUCUACUAUGCUGGCCUCUUCCUGGGCGGGCUGGCCAUGCUCUACGUGCCCAACAAGAUCGGAAGACUCCGGACCAUCAUCGUGGCGAGCGUGAUCGCGCUGGGCGGGAAUGCCAUGCAGGCGGGCGCGCAGAGUCUUCCCGUGUUGUUGGUCGGACGUGGCAUCGGCGGAUUUGCCGGAGGGCUGGUCUAUGCUGUCUGCCCUACGUACGCAUCCGAGAUUGCUCCACCGCACGUUCGAGGACGGAUUGGUGGCUUAUACGCGAUUAACAUCUCCCUAGCAUAUGCCAUUACAGAAUGGAUGGGUCUUGGAUUCUCAUACAUCGAGAGCGACGCGGCCUGGCGCGUGUUUUUCGGGCUCCAGGUCCUCCCGCCGCUGAUCAUGCUCGUCGGAGCCAUCUGGAUGCCCGAGAGUCCGCGGUGGCUGAUCAUGAAGGGCCGGGACGAGGAGGCGCUCGUGAUCCUGCGGCGGAUGCACCAGACGUCGGACGACGACACGUUCUUCAUGGGCGAGUUCAACCAGAUCCGCGCGCAGCUGCGGCUCGAGGCCGAGCAGAAGGUCAACCCGCUGACGGUCCUCAAGCGGCCGUCGUACCGCAAGAGGCUGUACAUCGCCUUCAUCCUCGUGACGGGCCAGCAGUUGACGGGCGUCAUCCCGCUCCAGAACUACCAGGUCAUCGUGUACGGCAGCCUCGGCGUCGGGGGAAAACUGCCCCUGGUGCUUGUCGGCAUCUGGGGCACCGUGGGCGUCUGCUCCAACAUCCCCGGCGCGUGGUACUUUGACCGCUGGGGCCGGCGGCGGGUCAUGCUGGUGUCGCUGGCCAUCAUCAUCCCGUCGUCGAUCCUCCUCUCGGCCUUCUGGGCCAGCUUCGAAAACAGCGACAACCUCAACAAGACGUACGGGAUUUUGGCCGUCGUCGCCAUGUUCCUCUUCCUGGUCGGCUACUCUGUCAUCUUCAACAGCUUCACAUUCACCUACAUCCCGGAGAUCCUGCCGACGCCCGUCCGCGCGGCCCUCGGGGGAUUCAUCACCGCCUGGGGGAGCGCCUUUGUCAUCCUCCUCGUCCAGGUCACGCCCAUGGCCAUCGAGCACAUCAGCUGGAAGUACUUUAUGAUUUUUGUCAUCUGCACAGCCAUCUUCGCCGUGGUAUUUUACUUGUACUUCCCCGAAACAGCCAACAAGACGCUCGAAGAAGUCGAGGAGCUGUUUGGAGAUCCCGUGGCGAUUCACAUCGAGGACGCGGCAAGGCAAGCGGAGCUGGACCCGGUCGCGUACUUGAAGGACCACGAGAAGCAUGCGGCCGUUGAGAAGGUCGACGGAAUACCUUGA